ACUCUCAGACAGAGAGAGAAGACUCUUCUAUCAGAGCUGCAGACCCAGGAGAGGAGGCUGUGUGAGACCCAGAGAGAGAGCAGAAUGAGGGUGGAGGACACGGCUCGGCUACAGUCUCAGCUGCAUCAAGUCCAGAGCUCUCACACGCAAACUAUGCGCCAGGCGGAGGCCAAAAUGGUGGAGGUGAGGACCGAACUGGGUGAUGAGUAUGGGAGGAGACUGGAGGAGAAGGAAGAACGAAUGAAACGGAUAACCGAAGACCUGAAUAAUGUGAGGGAGAAACACACCUCCGCCAGGGAUCAGUUGAGGAGUACAGAGGGUAUUCUCCAGUCUCUGAGGAUGCAGCUACAGGACAGAGACAGUCAGCUGGAGAAUGCUACUAACAAGAUCUUUACACUAGAGAACUCUCUGAAGGAGGCUGAGGAGAGUUGUGUGGCUGCUAAGACAGAGGUCCAGACUCAGACUACACUACUGGAGGAGUUGAGCAGAGAACUGGGGAGACUCACACUGGCUGAGAAUACAUCUGUGAAUGAGCGUGGGGAGAUGCUGAGACACAUGAAGCAGGACCUGUCUGCUCUAAAGGCCACUCAGGACUCACUAAAGAGAACACUCAGUAUGAAGGAACAACACACACACCAGCUAACACACGACAACACACACCUCCGACAAAACCUGGAUACGCUAAAGAACAAGCUCCUGGUUAGUGAGGACAGGGUGUGUACUCUGUUAGUUGAGCUGGAUCAGUUGAAGUUGGUUGGUAAAGAGAGAGAUCAGUGUCAGCAUCUCCGAACAGGUUUUUCAGCAGAGUCAGGAUCUGGGCGGGCCAACAACACACUCACUGACACACGCAUGGCCGCGGCAGGAAGAUUCCUCACACGUGUGAAGCUGGAGAGGUAG